AUGGCAAGGUCACCAGGAAAUGCAUUGGAUAUAAGUUUCUUCCAAGAAAUUCAUAACGCAUUAAAUGAGGUGGAAAACUCUUGCCGAGGCAUAAUUCUCACUUCGGACCUGCCGCAAAUAUUUUCAGGCGGACUAAACCUCAAAGCAGUCGCUCAGUUAUCAUCGGUGGCUGAACUAGACGAAUUUGUGCGCGAAAUGGAAAAGUUUUGGCUUCGUAUUUACUCAUCAAAAUUAGCCACGGUGGCUGCUAUCAAUGGCCACGCUACUGCUGGAGGCUGCGCCAUUGCUCUCGCAUGUGAUUACAGGGUAAUGAGUAAAGGAGACGAAAAACCUUACAUAAUUGGAUUAAAUGAAUCUAGGCUGGUAAGCUUUCUUAAUAUAUUGUUACUGGAAGCAUACAAAGAUACCAUUGGUAAUAGGAACGCAGAUCUCCAUGUGCAACUUGGUACCUUAUUUCCUGAGGUAGUAGCCGCUAAAUUAGGAUUAGUUGAUCAGUUAGUUUCUAAGGAAGAGUUACUAACAGAAGCUCAAAAGCGGAUGAAAGAAUUUUUAAGCGUGCCGGAUCAUUCUCGUCAUGGUUGUAAACUACUCUUCCGUCGAAAUAUUAUGAAUCGCUAUUCUCAAUCUGGUGAUAAAGAACGACAGCAAUUUGUAGCAACACUAGCUAGUCCCAAGACCCAGAAAUUAAUUAAGGAGAUGGUCAUGAAGCUGUCAAAGCCAAAUAAAUAA